UCGCAUCAGUGACGCAUUUUGGGCGCGUCUUGUUUCAUCAACUGAUGCCGUUACAAGCGGUAAACUACUCCUUUCAGGACAACAAUAAUCCUAUUGAAUGAAGCGUUGUGAUUUGGUUUCCACCAGUGAUGUCUCAGCAGGCCCAGCAGACGGGGGCCACGGCCCCUGACUCUCCCGUGAUGGUCGUCACAAGUAACGUGCAGAAAUAUGCCAUAAAGAAAAAAAAGGUCCUCAGCGCUGAAGAGAGUGAACUCUUUCAAUUGACACAAGCUGCAGGGAUCACAUUGGAUCAGGAAGUGUUCAAGAUUAUCGUGGACCUGCUGAAGAUGAACGUGGCCCCUCAAGCAGUUUUCCAGACGCUGAAGGCGAUGUGUGCGGGCCUGAGAGUCACUGAAAGCUCCGCAGAGUCCUCGCACCCAGCGAGCACGACCGCAGCACCUGCAGAGGUCAAAGAGGAAGACUCUCUGGUCUCUGGGAAAAGCCCCAAGCCCGCCGCAGCCCACCAUUCAGCGUCAGCCCCCAGAUCCGCAAGGGUCAACACUAAGAUUGCGGUCUACGGUCCCCAAGAUGCUAGCUCAGCUCACUCUCAAGUGCGCAAUAAACCCGGAGCAAGCCAGAGUGAGAAGAGUCGAGAGCCCUCCAGCCAGAAGGUGCAGCGGCAGCCAAGCGCCACCAGAGGGCAGAAGACCAAGAGCUCAGGCAGCAGCAGCUCUUCGUCACAAAUAAACUCGUCAUGAGAGCCUCUUCAGUGUGGGACCUUAUGUGAAUAUGUAGGCUUAGUUUCAUGUAAAUCAUUUGUUUUACUCUGUCACUGUUUACGUUUCAAAUGGUUAGAAUUAUUUGCUCUUUGUUUUAGUGUUUUAUGUCCGUUUGGCUUGUCAACGACAAAAGAAAUGUUACUUUUUUCAUCUUGACAUUCAUUUUGACAAAUGAUACUAAACAUGUAAAACUACCGUUCCUCUUUAGUGAGUAUGCUUUCAGCACAAGGGAUGAUGGAUUGUUUUGCCAACAAAAGGUUUCUCCUUAUCCGUCCAUUAAUAUAGUUGUUGCUUUACAAAUGGAGCUUUUACCUUAAGUGACGUACUAAUAGUAAUGUCAAAUAUUUAUGUUUUUGUAUUUUAAAAACCCAAAUGCAUUGACGUGUGCAUGUUUUUAUAUCAUAUAACUCAAAUAAAUAAAAUCUGUGAUUAA